UAUUUUUUAAAGAGCAUUAUUACAUUUGAGAAAACACACGAGCUAAAAGACAAUACACGGUGGAGCUUAUAUCAGCUUAGAUUAAACACUAAAUCUAAUAGAGAAUUUUUCAAAUGCUGAACUCGUUGUGUGUAUAAAUAAAUACGUUUGUUGAUAAGAUGUUAUUGGUAAUAUUUUUCCAAGUUUUGCUGCUUAUUCAAGGCCACAACAGCAAAGAAAUUUAUCUUUCACCAAACGGAGCAGAUAAUUUUAGCUGCACCUUUACAGAACCAUGUAAAUCACUGUCUCAUGUUGUUGCCAUCUCAAGCAAAUUCGAUACCAUAUACGUCUAUGGUGGUGUAGUUAAGCCAGCUGUUUAUGUAUUCAACCAAUCAAUUGCAUUAAACAAAUCAAUUACCAUUAAAAGAAGCCAGCAUAGUGGAUAUAAUCCACAAUUCACAUCAAGCGACAUAAAGGAACCUAUGCAUCUGUUUCAAGUGACAAACACAAGUGCAUGUAUUGAUGUAGAGUCCGUUGAUAUCAUCAAUAUAAAUUUUGUUAGGUACAGUUUCAACACAACACCACAAAAACCGAUCAACAUAUCGCUUAAACACCUCGAAAUAAAGUCAACAACAGCUUUAAGUGCAUUGCCAUUUCGUUCAUUCAUACACGAGUACUCCGAUUUUAGCCUUUCAAUUAACAUCCUUAUUUUAUCAAGCAAAAUUAAUUACCAUGGCAGAAUUAUCUUUCUGCAAAGAAGUACCCAGAAGAAUAUCACUUUACUUGUAACGAAGACAUCCAUCACUUCUGGCAUGUUCGAAGUGGAACGAUCGUUUAAGCGAAAAUCCACCCGAGACAUGAAUUUUCUCAACGUCACAUUUGUCAACGGUACAAUGACGUCUAAAACAAAAUCUGCACUCGUAAUGAAUUGCGAUAGAAGCCAUAAUCAUGUCAGCACUUUAUAUAUAUCCCACUUUGAUUUUAUCCACAAUAUGAUAGUUUUAAGUCUUAGAAACAUAUCCUCAGUGAGAGUAUCAAAAUGCAACUUCAAGGGAAACAUCUUGAAUGACUUGAUUUUGGCAGACAUUUUAAGCGUGGUCGUAACUGACAGUACGUUCCUAGGAACUUCGCGUCAUUUGGUUGCAAACAAAUGUUUAAUGUAUAAAAUAAAAGGGGGUGCGAUUUAUUCCAAAAGCUCAAAUUUACAUAUAUUACGCUGUUAUUUUAAACAGAAUAAAGCUGAAACAGGAGGUGCAAUCUAUGCUACCAAGACAAAUAUCACACUUGUGGAAAGUACUAUACGAGACAGUUUUGCUAUGAAUGCAGCAGGCAUCAACGUUUUUAAAUCUGACAUUCAGAUAGAUUCUUGCAAAAUCAGUCACAAUUACGCACAAGUGAGAGGAGGAGCAGUGCUGGUGUCACAAAGCAAGCUCAAAAUAACCAACACAAAGAUCGAAAAAAACUUUGCUGAAAAGAACGGUGGUGGAAUCCAUAUAUUAAAAUCUAUGACAGUAGAAGUGAAUAAAUGUUAUUUCAAAAGAAAUACUGUUUCAAUAAAUGGUGGUGCCAUGAACAUUGAGCGUAGUAAUGCAUUGAUUAUAUCCUCUGUCUUCAACAGGAAUGUUGCUAACGCAGAUGGAGCUGCGCUUCACAUAUCCAAUAGCAAAAAGGUCACUAUUUCAGAGUCUAAAAUGUAUCGAAACCGUGCAUAUGAAACCGGCGGUGGAAUCAGAGUUAUUCGAUCAAACGUUAAUAUCACGAAAACUGUUAUAACAAAUAACACGGCCAAGCAAUUUGGAGGUGGCAUAAAUGUGCUUAGUAAUAGUAACGUUACUAUAAGUGGAGUGAAACUAAAGUGGAAUGCAGCCAAUCGUGCUGGAGGCGCCAUACACAUAAAAAAAUCUUAUUUUAAUGUUUCAGCAACGACAAUCAAUGAGAACUAUGGCAAAAUUGGUGGAGGUAUUGUCAGCGAAGCUAGUUCUCUGGGGAUUUACAGUACUAAUUUGAUAAAAAACAGGGCAACGCAUUCUCCAAGUGCCAUCUAUUUUAACGUGAUACAAGGUAACACGUUAAAACUCGAAAUGAAGGAUAUUGAUAUUAUUGCGAGUGGUAGUUUACCGGUAGCUGAUGCUAUAUGGAUAACAGCAGGGGACCAAAGAAGGGCUAGUGUGUUUAUGGACAAGGUACAAAUUUUCUUAAAACGCUCUUCGUUCGGUGUUCCAGCUAUAUUUUUAUCCUUAUCGGGAAUUGCAAAUUUGAAUUUUAGCUACACAUGCCCACCGACGUACAAUGCAAUUUACACAAAGGUUCAGAGAACAUUUCAACUAUCUGAUAAUUAUGUCUACACAUUUCGUUGUCAAGCAUGCCGAAGUGGAACGUACACUCUUGGAACAGGGUUCCAACAGACAAAAAUACAUCCUCUUCGUAGCAUCACACAAUACAACAAGUCCCUCGAAUGUUACACUUGCCCCUCCGGAGGGAACUGUAGAAAGCAACUGAAAAGCAGAGAGAACUUCUGGGGAUAUGUUGACAAGGAGCGUGCAAAGUUUUUACCGUGUCCUGAAGGUUAUUGCUGCUCAGAGAGUCAAAACACAUGCCGGUCACUUUCAUCCUGUGGGAAGCAUCGAACAGGUAAGCUUUGCGGACAAUGUAAAAAAGGAUAUCACGUGAAUUAUUUUAGCGAUAAGUGCGAACCAAAUAAUAACAGAAGCCUGAAAGGUUUGUUUUGGUUUAUCUUUAUCGCACUUGCUAUGACAUAUUCUUUUUUUUUGGCAUACAUGAAGGAGAUCGGCUUUUAUUUUAAGUAUUUCACGAAUUAUUGUAUAAGUCAUUGUUGCCAGCGAAAAAAAGAGAUCAAUGUAUGGGAAGCAAUGCCGUUAGUUCACUUAUCUUCAACGCCUGAAAUAACGAAUCAAGAAUAUUGCUUUGAGAAGGAUGACUUUGUUGUUGUUUACGGAAGCCCUCCUGUGCAAGAAGUAGAAAAAGCUGAAACAAGUUACAUACAAGAAAAAAGUAGAAAUGCUGGUAUUUUUAAAGUGUUGGUAGGUUUUUACCAAAUCAAAGCCCUACUUACCGUUCGAGUAUCGGAAGAUGCCAAAGAACUUUCUAGUAGUGGCAGUUUUCUAACUUCUGUAUUCAAUUUAGACAUUCCAAAGGAAUUUGUCGAAAUGUGUCCACUGCAAAGCAUUGACACCAUUUCAAAACAUGUCAUUAAAGAUUUAUUUUUUCCAAUGUGUAUGCUGUUUCUUGUUAUGCUACCAAUCUCCCUUGCAACUGUAUGCUUAACAUAUGGUCCUCGCAAAUACAGAUGGCCAUGUCGAAGACUGUUGCUUCGAGGAUCACUUUGUUCCAUGCAAGUCAUAUUAAUCAGCUACACCAUAUUGACAAAAUUUUCCAUGCAACUUAUACACUGUCGUCAAGUAGGAGAAGAUUUUAUUUUAUAUAUAAAUGGAGAGAUCACUUGCCAUACUUAUUGGCAGAAAGCUAUCCUCGCAUUCUUUUUUAUGUGGGUUCUACCCUUUCCUUUGGCAUUGUAUAAGGCUGUUCGUUUAUUGGAGAGGAACAAAAUAACAAUAAAAUCAUUCUUUUUUCUCCUGUUGCUUCCAAUUUUUUGCUUAAUAUCUAACUGUCUACCAAAGAGAAAAGAAACCAAACUAACCAGCUCAAUUAUCAGUCUAUAUAUUUGUAGAAUGUUUGAGGAACCCUUUCGAAGUCGUGUGAAACACAAUAAGAAGACUUCCGUUCUGUUCUGGGAUACGUGGAGACUCUACCAAAGAUUGAUCAUAGCUGUGUUUGCUAUUUUUUUUAUCGAUCCGAUUCAACGUCUCUCUUUUUUGUUACCUAUCAUGCUGUUGUUGUUGGUGGUUCACUUGAGAGUCAAGCCUUACAAGCACGAUUUAGUCAACUGGUUAGAAACAGCAUCCCUUGUUAGUUUAUGCUUUUUGACUGGAUCAAACCUUUUUCGUGGGUUCCUUUACGUCUACAGCAUGCAUGAACAAGAAAAUUUACUUUUAGCGUUACGUGUCCUGAAUGCUAUGGAAUUUGUGUGCACUCCAUUCGUGGGUUUUGUCAUUUACGUAUCCUUGAAAUUUGCAGCUGCAUUUUUUUACAGUAUGUACAAGUGUAAGAAGAAAAUGGAGUUUGUUUUGGUGGAGUUUGUCAGCAGAAUGGUUUAAAUUUUACUUUCAUUUUAAUGACCCUAAUAUUAAAACUGUUACUUUUAAUUAUUACUU